AUGAUCCCCCGGCACUUGUUCCGGCGCAGCGGCAUCGUCCGUUUAUCGGACCAGGUCCCUCGCACGGGAAUCGUGCCGCUGCUGGCCUCUACUCGAUACGCUGCUCGAAGAAAUCGCCCAUACCAUCACGAUUCGGACGAGCGCCUGCGCAGCGCAAAGCCCCUCGUGUCCAAUGCCUUGGCGGGCAAGUUCACCAACGCAGGCACUGGUCGCAGCUCGCGCUCCCUCGUGGUCGUCACAGUGGCUGCUGCGAUGGCAUUCUACAUGUACAAUUCGCAGACGGUGCCAGUGACGGGCCGGAGGCGCUUCAACUUCCUGUCGGAUACGCUGGUUGCGCAGGCCUAUUCGAGAGCGGCUGAGGCGAUUGUCAGGCAGGUGGAGGAGCAGGGAGGGCAUUUCUUGUCAGACUGGGACCCGAGGACGAUUCUGGUCCAGAGGGUCAUGAAGCGGCUGAUUCCCGUCAGCGGGAUGGAGAAUCUAGACUGGGAAGUCCGAGUGAUUGCGGACAGUCGAACGGCCAACGCAUUCGUUAUCCCCGGCGGCAAAGUGUUUGUUCACAGCGGCAUCCUCAACGUUUGCCGCAGCGAAGAUGCCCUCGCGGCUGUCCUCGGUCACGAAAUCGCACACAACACGGCUUCCCACGCUGCAGAGCGACUCUCUGCCGCGUGGGUAGGCAACCUCACGGCCGGUAGUCUCUUCUUCCUUGCCGGGGCGCUGCCGGGCCUGGCACUGUUCGGCCUAUGGAACGUGAUUGGAGGAUACUAUCUGCAAGAUUUGCUAUUCUACCUACCCAUGGGCCGCAAGCAGGAGAGCGAGGCCGAUUAUAUUGGGCUGAUGAUGAUGGCAGAGGCCUGCUACGAUCCUCGACAGGCAGUUGGGUUCUGGCAAAGGAUGGAGACAAUACAGCGGCUGGGCGGGCACGAGGUUCCCGAGAUGCUUAGCACGCAUCCAUCGAACGAGCAUCGGAUCACCAAAAUCGAGCAGUGGCUGCCGGAGGCAAUGAAGAAGCGCAUGGAGAGCGACUGUAAAACGACGUCGGCGUUUGCAGACAGGUUUAGAGAGGCGUUGAGGAAGCGACGGCCAGUUGUGAUUGAGCUGUAG